CGCGGCCGGCGCGCGCUCCCGGGAGGCGGCGGCGGCUGCAGCGUCGGUAGCAUCAGCAUCAGCAUCAGCAUCAGCAUCAGCGGCAGCGGCCUCGGGCGGGGCCGGCCGGACGGACAGGCGGACAGAAGGCGCCGGGGGCGCGCGUCCCGCCCGGGCCGGUCAUGGAGGGCGCCUCCUUCGGCGCGGGCCGCGCGGGGGCCGCCCUGGACCCCGUGAGCUUUGCACGGCGGCCCCAGACCCUGCUCCGGGUCGCGUCCUGGGUGUUCUCCAUCGCCGUCUUCGGGCCCAUCGUCAACGAGGGCUACGUGAACACCGACAGCGGCCCCGAGCUGCGCUGCGUGUUCAACGGGAAUGCGGGCGCCUGCCGCUUCGGCGUCGCGCUGGGCCUCGGAGCCUUCCUCGCCUGCGCCGCCUUCCUGUUGCUCGAUGUGCGCUUCCAGCAGAUCAGCAGCGUCCGCGACCGCCGGCGCGCUGUGUUGCUGGACCUGGGCUUCUCAGGACUCUGGUCCUUCCUGUGGUUCGUGGGCUUCUGCUUCCUCACCAAUCAGUGGCAGCGCACGGCGCCAGGGCCGGCCACGACGCAGGCGGGGGACGCGGCGCGGGCCGCCAUCGCCUUCAGCUUCUUCUCCAUCCUCAGCUGGGUGGCGCUCACCGUGAAGGCCCUGCAGCGGUUCCGCCUGGGCACCGACAUGUCACUUUUCGCCACCGAACAACUGAGCGCCGGGGCGAGUCAGGCCUACCCCGGCUAUCCGGUGGGCAGCGGCGUAGAGGGCACCGAGACCUACCAGAGCCCGCCCUUCACCGAGACCCUGGACACCAGCCCCAAAGGGUACCAAGUGCCCGCCUACUAGCGGCUGGCAGGCACAGACCAGGGCUCCAAGACCAUCCCACCAACGCAGGCCCCAGGAUCUCCGGGACCUCCCUUGGGUUCUUCCACCUCAGCGCCAGGGACAGAGUGGGUGGCCGCUUUGGGCCAUCCAGGGCCAAGAGGGGGUGGACCCUCGCGUGCCCGGGCUGCCCCCUGCCAAGUUCCCCAGUCCCCCAGCACCUGGCCCCAGGACUAAGGUCCUGAGAAAGGGAUAGCACUGCCCAGGAUGUGUGUCCCUAGCCCGGAAUGGACUGGCUUGGGGAAGGCAUUCCCUCUUGGGCCAGCCACCCUGCGGCUCACCUGCUCACUCCGGGGUCUGGGGUUCAGCUGCCCUCUCCGAUCAGCUGCAGGAGCUGCCCAGGACAAAGAGGGGGCAGGGGAAAGACACCACCCCCACCCCGAGACUGGGGAUCCUGGCCACUGUUCUCAUCCCAUAUUCCUGUGGGUAGUGACUGUCCCGUUUCUGUCAUGGUGGUGCGUUCCGUCUGGAGCCACUCUCCACUUUCUCUCACAGGCUCCUAGAACAGCCCGGCCCUGUCAGUGUUGUGAUCGUGGUCCAGUCUUCAGGUUUCACCUCCUAGUACCCCACAAGCUGCUCCUCUGUCUGUGGCCCUGGCCCCUGCCGAGGUGUGGGUGGUUCUGGCCAGGAAGGCACAAGGUAGCUGUGGGCCAAGACACCAGCCCUGUCCCAACCCUUCAGUAAUACCUUGCCAGGGGAGGAGAAGGAUGCUUGGGUGCCAGGCAAGACAAGCCCCUCAGCAGGAGACAGGCCCAGAGGCUCCAGCUGGCCACCGUGUCCCACGAGAUGGCCCCUGUGCGGUUCCCUUUACCUUGGCUUCCUGGACCAGUCCCUGCCUCUCCACCUGCACCCUGCUUCCUGGCCCAGUCCCAGGGUGGAGUCCCUCUGCGUAGCUGACUACUCAUGCAUUGCUCAAAGCUGGCUUUUCACAUUAAGUCAACACCAAAGGUGGUUGCCACAUUUCAUCAGACAGACACACACCUCCCUCUGGAGUUGCAGUUGAGUGACAACCUUGUUACAUUGUAGCCUAGACCAAUUCUGUGUGGAUAUUUAAGUGAACAUGUUUACAAUUUUUGUAUAUAUCACACUCUCUCUCCCUCUCUUGAAAGACCAGAGAUUGUGUAUUUUCAGUGUCCCAUGUUCCGACUGCAACUUCGUUACAAUAAAGACUGUAACUGAGCUGACUGUGA